AUGAGCUCAUCAAUUGCGUAUCUGGACGAUUUCGAGGAUAAUAACCCAUUUGCCGAACCGGUUGUUGCUGCCGAAUCAGAGAUUGAACGAAAUCAAGGGGUGCUGUCCGGCUUAAACAACCCAUCUUCUUCAACUUUCAUAAGCACCAAUGACAAUGCUUCAGCCUAUCAAACCCAACAGGUACCACAGCAACAACAGCAAUCACAGCAACCACAGCAACCACAAACACAGGGGCAAUUUCAAAACCAACAAGCGCCAAUAACAACUUUGGACAAGGAUGAAUUACGAAAGUUGUUACCUGAAAGGUUCACUAACAAGUACAGUAUUAAAUUCGAUCUCAAGGAGAUUGAACGCAAUAAACCUGAAAACCCAAUAAUACGUAUGAAUGUACACGUCGAAGGACUUCCAAAAUUCCGCCAAUCUGAGUAUAAAGAUUUACGACGAACUUACAAUGAGAUUGUCAAGUUCAACAAAUACUUGUCAAUCUCAAACUUGGAGGUGUUUGUACCAGUUAUUCCUAGUUCCAAGACGUCGUAUCCGCUGGGAGGUGAGGACGAAAAAAAACAGUUGCUUAAAAAUUGGCAGGAAUGGUUUGAUAGAAUAACGAGUAACCCCAUAAUUAAAAGAGACGAGGAAUUUCUCUACUUUAUUGAAAACGACUUUGGAUAUAGUGUGAUUAAUGCAAACCGGAAAUCUUCUGUUGCCAGUGGCUUAAUGCGCAAGACUUUAAAGCAAUUUUCUGUGCCCUAUGAUCCAUAUGAGGAGUUGGCAUAUUACAGACCGGCAGUUAAAAGCGCUUAUCUUAUUUGCCAAAAACUACAUGACUUGUACAAAAAGAGCACAAAAAGUGAAAAACAGCUUUCCAUUCAUGUUUACGAUAUGGCGAAUAAGCUCUCAGUGCUAUCAGAGUUUGAACCUAGUCAUCCCGGGAUGAAGAAUAUGUGGGAAAAGCUUUCGUCAGUUGUGCUGCAUCAAUCCGAUUUGCUUUUAGUCGACUCAAUCAGCGGGAUGGCAAUUCUUGGUGAUGGAUUACUGAUAUUGAUUAAUGAUUUUUACGAGGUGAAGGAGGCUUUGACGAAUCGAUAUUUAAUUAUGCGUGAGCUUAUACAAGCCGAAGCACAAACCACUUCCAAGCAUAUUCAUGCAAACAAAAUUAAGAGCAAGGCCUCGUUGGACCCACUCAAAGUAGAUGAAGCUUUGCGAUCUUUGGAAUAUGCCACCAAAAUUCAAAGCUCUUUAAAUUUGCAGGUCAAGAGAAUAUCAGGAGAGAUGAUAUAUGAAAAAGAGGAGUUUAACAAUUUUGUGGAUGCAAAGUUCCGGGAAUUGAUCAAGAAAUCAGUUCUUCGCAAAGUGGAACAUCAUAGAAAAGUUUUGAAUUCGUUCGAAAAGAUUAGAUUGGAUGUGCGUAGUGUUGAUGAAAAGGGAGGUCUUUCAAGACUCAAUAGAGAGAACUUGGCCAACUUGAAACACAAUAUAAACCAAUCGCAAUCUUCUUCUGGAGAUUCGUGGACUUCAAGGACAUUCCGAUCAUUGCAAAAAGAAGCAGAGGCUGCGCUGAAGAAAAAACCCGACAGUGACACUUUGGACCCUGUUAUGGUAAGUGCAAAAAGCGCUGCAAGCGUUUUAGGAGUAGCGACUUUUUGA